AUGGACAAAGGGCAGAAGAGUGCAGAGAAGGAGAGUACUAAAGGAGUAUCCGCUCCUUUCAUCCCUCAGAUAUCCUCAGGAAGAAAUAGCAGCCAAUAUGACGUGUUCUUGAGUUUUAGAGGCUCAGAUACCCGCAAGGCAUUCACCGAUCACCUCUAUAAUAGUCUGGUCAACAUAGGGAUUGUACCAAUUUGUGUGUUCAGAGACGAUAACAACAUCCCAAUUGGCAAGGAAUUUGGUUCAUAUAUUCUUGAUGCCAUCACAUGCUCUAGGAUUUUGAUCCCCAUCAUCUCCGAAAAUUAUGCAUCAAGCAAAUGGUGUCUCCGUAGUUUUGGGGAGGCCUUCCAUUCAAGUAAGGAGCAUUUUGAUGAGAAGGAUAUCCAGGAAGGGCAGCGAGCACUUAGCGAAGUGAGUUACUUAAAUGGUUGGGAAUCUGAGAAAUUUGCCAACGGGUACUUCGCUUCAGCCUAA